CGGGGUGACGAAACGCACGCGGCCGAUCGACGAGACAACGAGAGUCUUACGACCGCGAAUUAUUCGCGAGCGAAAACGAAAAAGACGAUUAUUAAAUAGGAAGACGUAUAUUAUCCGAUACGGUUCUGUGCGACUAUAUAAUAGGGUAGUGCGGUGCACGGUUGAUGGGCGACGAUUCGUUUUACUACUUGUCAUCCGCGGCCGGCUGUUCGCAAAAAUAUUGUACACUACUACUAUAAUAUUCUUACGGCGCGGUCGUUUCCCGCGCUGUACACCGUCCAGCAUCCAAUCGGUGUCUAUAUAUUAUUUUGGCGGUAGAAACGACGUGAUGUCGGUACUUCCGUAACGCACAACCCGAACGGCUACUGCAGAAUAUUACGCUCGCAAUCGCACGGGCAAAAUGAACAGUCGCGUGCUCGGACGCGAUGUCAUAUGGCUGGCAGUCGCACUGUUAUGCGUCAAUCAAGCAGCUCUAGGAUACGGCGGCGAAGAGCACGGGCCACGUUUCGUCGUCGAGCCACCGGUGUCAGUUUUCUUCUCGAACGCCACCGGGGCCCGGGUGGAAUGCGCUGCCGAGGGAACGCCUAGGCCGCUGGUCCGUUGGCAGACGGUACUCGAUGGUUCGACGGUUAGGGGCGUCAGAGAUCUAAUGCACGUCGAUGAUAACGGCACCCUGGUAUUUUUGCCGUUUGCCGAACACCAAUACACACCAGAUGUGCAUUCUGUCGCAUACAGAUGCGUGGCUCACAGUCGCGCGGGCACGAUCGUCUCCCGGACCGUUCAAGUCAGAGCUGAGGUAAUAAGAAACUUCGAACCCAUCGUCAGAGACACAGUAACAAUGCCUGGCAAUGUGGCCGUCUUCAACUGCCACAUACCUGGAGUGAGUUACAAUGAAAAUCACGUGUUACCGGAAUCAGUGGCGAUCACUUCAUGGGUGCAAGACGGUGUAUUCAACAUAUUCCCGUCAUGGGAAAUAGAUUCGAAAAUUAUCAUGAUACCGAAAACUGGCCAAUUGCGUAUAGCGAACGUAGACGAAAACGAUCUGAGGCACAGCUAUACGUGCCGCAUAGUAAACAAACUGACGGGAUUCACUCAGGAGAGCAGCACGUUUGGCAGAAUUUAUUUCGAGAGCAACCGUACCAUGGCACCUUGGUCGAAAUCCAACGACUUCACCGUCCACUUGGUGAAACAGGGCGAUCAUCUGUUGUUGCCGUGCGACGUAUAUGGAUUUCCUCCGCCAAAAGUCACAUGGUCGUCCGGAACGUCCACGGUGGUGGUGACGGCCGACACUAGUGCCGGCGGCGGAAGUGGCGGACGCAGCAAGGCGCCGAUGAAUUUUUUGCGUUUGAGGUCCGUUCAGAAGACGGACGCGGGCAAUUACACGUGUACGGCCAGGAACACGGCGGGAUCCAAGAGUCUGCAGCAUCAGGUGAUCGUAACGCCCGACAUGAGCGCGCACGUAGUACCGGCAUUAGCGGAUAUCGAGUCCGGUCGAUCCGUGUCGUUCACGUGUAUCACAUCCGCAGCCGACGAUAACCAAAUUGUGACCUGGUUGAAAGAUGGUGUACCUCGUAAGUCCAGUUCAUCAACACCACCCACUUACACACUGAACGUUGAUUCCGUUCAAAAAGAUGAUCAAGGCAUGUACCAGUGUGUGGUCACUAAUAAGCUGAACAAUGAAAUGGCACAUUCAUUCGCUGAACUCAGGCUAAGCGCGUCCAAACCGACAUUUAAGUACAAGUUCAUCGGUCAUUUGUUGAAACCCGGUCCUGACGUUUCGCUCAAGUGCAUUGCGUUCGGCACACCAACGCCUCACAUCACCUGGAAGUUCGACGGUAACGACGUGUCUCUUUCACAGAUGCGAAUAUCGGUUAGUCAGUAUGUCACAGAAAUCGGAGACGUCGUCAGUCAUUUCAACAUCACCAAAGUCCAAGUGGAAGACGGAGGUUUGUACGAAUGCGUUGUUUCCAACCGAGCGGGAAAAAUAUCACAUUCAGCGAAAUUACAAGUUUAUGGUGAUCCGGUGGCCAAGAAAACUCCUAAAAUAAUUGCACGGGCUGGUCAACAACUGCAAAUGACCUGCCCAAUAUCUGGAUAUCCGAUUUUCAACAUCAAUUGGGAAAAAGAUAAUAAGAGGUUACCCGGAGGAAAAUUGCUGAACAAGAGACACAAGGUAUUUGCAAACGGCUCGAUAGUCAUCGAAAACGUGCAGAAGAAGACCGACCAGGGGACGUACUACUGCGAGGCUAGCAACGACAAACACGUGGUCCGAGCUUCGGUCGAAGUGAUUGUAAUAGAACCACCGCACAUCCAUCCGUUCACGAUAGGAGACGGUUACCACGAAGGUGGUCGCGUCGGAUGGCAGUGUUUCAUAACCAAGGGUGACGGCCCGCUGACGAUCGAGUGGCUGAAAAACAACCAGUCGCUGGACCUAGCGUCCGCGCCGUCGCUGUCGGUGACCUAUCAGAACGAGUAUAGCAGCUCGGUGCUCAUCGAGAGCAUACGAUUGGCGCACGAGGGAAAUUACACUUGCCGGGCGACCAAUCCCGUGGCGACGGUCGAGCACACGGUCACGCUGACUGUACUCGUACCCCCUGAAUGGAUAAUCGAACCCAAGGACGUGAACGUAGUUCGAGAUGAUCAAGCAGAAGUCAAUUGUUCCGCAUCGGGACAUCCAAAACCGACGAUAAAAUGGAAAAAAGGAUCCAGUAAGGAUUCGGAUCAGUUUAGUGACGACGUAAUGGAUAACGUGACAUCUGACGGCACUUUGGUUAUUAAUAAAGUGACAAAAAAACACGAAGGCUACUACGCGUGCGAAGCAAAUAACGAAGUCGGCUCGCCCAUUAUUUCCAUAAUUCGUCUAAACGUACAAGACUUACCACACAUUAUACUUCCGAAUACGAAAUACAUGUCUAUAAACGGCGGGGUGGCAUCCAUGGAUUGCGAGGCGACCGGAGACCAGCCGAUACACAUAUCGUGGAUCAAAGGCUCGGUUCAACUGAACUACAAGAGCUCUAAUCUCAGAUAUAACGUAGAGGAAAUGUACACCGAUACAUCUGUAAAGUCAAAAUUGAUUAUUAGUAAAGUGAGUGCCACAGACUCUGGAAGAUAUGUUUGCGUCGCUGAAAAUUCAUUGGGGAAACACGAGGCGGCUAUGGAAUUAGAAAUAAAAGUUUUGGGAUCUCCGCCGGAUGAUCUAUCGUGCAACGUCACUACUCCUAACAGUGUGAGAUUGCGAUGGACCGACUUGAACGCGAAUAACUUAAUGAACGACUAUGUGCAGGGAUAUAUUCUUACCUACUCAAAGGUGGUACCUGCGGAUGACUUAAUAAACGAAUACAAUGAAAUUGAAGUUUUUCAUAAUGGGGAUGAUGCAACGAUUUCCAAUCUCGAUACUGAUACUGAGUACGUGUUUUCCAUCAAAGUAAACACGAUCCAAGGACCGGGAAAAUCAAGCAAACCUCUUAUUUGCAGAACUUCAGAAAGUUUACCAGAAGCACCAGCUGGUUUAAAAUCUAUGCUUUUAUCACCAAACCUGGCUCUUAUAUCUUGGAUACCACCAAAACAACCGAAUGGACAGAUUCAACAGUUCACACUUUACGAACGAGAGAAAAUAAACGGAAUGCAAGGUGCCGUGAAGUCACAGUCAUUCGAACCACACGUCCGACAGAUUCAGUUGUCCAUGUUCAGACACUCCAGCAGCUAUUUGUGGUGGAUAACCGCAACCAACAGCGUAGGUGAGAGUGACAAGUCGCGGACGGCUUCUUUGUCGACGGUGAAAUCUGGCGGAAUGCCCGCAGCCAUUGGAAACUUCCACGGCAAGAUACAGACCAAAUGGCACACCAACAUCGAUCUGCCUUGUAUUACGUCCGGUAUUCCAACUCCAAACGUAAAAUGGACAUUCAAUAGUCAACCGAUCGACUUAUUACAGUCUCAGAGAUUGGUCUAUGAUAACUUCACGUUACACUUGGAAUCUGUGACCAGCAUUGAUUCCGGCAACUAUACGUGUACGGCAUGGAAUGUUUAUGGGUCCGAAAAUGUUACCACUUCGUUACUAGUCGUCGAGCCACCAAAACCGCCAAUUCUCGGCAUAGUCAACGUGUCUUGGACAAAUGUCACCGUGAAUUGGACGAAAGCGCCGAACACUUAUGCGGUCCAGCAGUAUUUACUUUCGUACAAAUACGUUAAUGAACCCGAAAACAUGUACACGGAAAUAUCACUGCCUGCACAUUCAAAUGUAUUCACAUUACCAAAUAUUAAAUGCGGAACAACGAUUGCGUUCAGCAUUUCAGCAAGCAACCGUGUGGGUCACGGAAUGCAAAGCAGAUCAUUUAACGUAAAGACAUUACAAGGAAAAACGCCAAUUGCACCCACCCAAAACGAAGCUAUCGAACAGAUGGUGUCUGGAUUUUUGAUUCAUUUGGAAAAAUGGAACGCCAAGUAUUGUCCAAUCACACAUUUUUCCGUGUAUAAAAGACUAACUACUGAAAAAGAAUGGACAGCGGUUAACGAAAACAUUACACCUAAUGGAAUUUACUCAGUUGAAACGUUAAGUCCUUCGACAAAUUAUAAUAUUCUGGUAAAAUGCUAUAAUUCUGCCGGUAUGACAUCAACAAUGUACACUGCUUCGACCCUAACUAAUUAUGGAGCAAAUUAUGACAAAGAAGCACUAUCAGUGAAUGACAAGAUAAUGCUGACUAUUUACAAUAUAGCUGUAAUGUGGCCACUCGCAGUAGCCUUAUUGUUACUCAUAGUCAUCAGUGUUUCUUUGAUAAUAUGUUAUAAAUAUAGGCACAUGUAUAAAAAAAAUCAACGUCAUUUGGAAGCAAAUAAUAUGAUUUUAAAAAAUAAUAGUUGUUCAAAAUCUGAAAUACACUCAGAUGCAUAUGAAACGUGUACACCAUUCAAGUCAAAGAGUACCAUACUAACAAAUGACGAUUCAAACUACAAUGAAAUAUCACCAUAUGCGACAUUUCAAAUUUCUCCUUCUAAAUCGCCAAAAAGGAAUAAACAAUACUUUUGUACUAACUGCGGUGAAAAUUUGGAAAUAUGCAAUUGUAAUAGAUUGUAUUGCUCUCAGGCGGACUACACUAACUUUUUAAGACGUCCUAUACCAAAACGAGUACCCUCUUAUUCAGACAACAACAAUGAUGAUUUAAAAAGUCAAAGUAGUUCUAUUCAUGAGUUUUAUGACAUUGAGAGAAAUUCAAAAACAUGUGAGCCAAUGAAGAAACCUAAGCGGAGAUUAUUACCUUUACCAGAUUCUAGACGUGGAUCUAAUCAGAAUUCCAGAGAAUGUAGAAGCACAAACUUACACGAGACCACAUUCAUGAUGCCUAUACAGCAUCAUGGAACAUAUCCCCACAACGAUACAGAUGAAGAAGAUAAUGGAACCAUGAGCUCAGGCCGUGGUUCCAGACCAGUUCCGUAUAGAGUAUGCUAUUAAGUAAAAUUACUAAACAUAAUAAUAUAAUUUUUGUUGUAUUUUUUUUUUUUUUUUAAAUUAUAAUUAUUACUAUUAAUUAAUAAUAAUAUUAUUAUUAAAAUUAUAUAAUUAUUACCAUUAAUCAUUAUUAUUAUUAUAAUGUUUAACUAAAUUAUAUUUAAUCAUCAAAAAAGAAAUGAUUUAUAUCUAUGUUAGAUUCAAGUUUUAAUUGAUGUCAUAUUAAAAUAAUUAUCAGUGUUAUCACAAUAAUAUAAUAUUCCUUUUUAUGUUGAAA